AUGACCUCAACAUAUCCGUUUGAACCGACUCCCCAGUGGACGACAGUGAACCCCAGGCCAUUAUUGCCAUUCCACACGCGUUCCGAAGGCUUAGAAAAGCCACCACUACCAUCCCCUCCUCGGAACGAGUUAUUCAACGAUAAUUAUAUUGUUAGCACCCACCUUGUGCCUGCUGCUUGUCCAAGACUAACUCCGGAUAUCCCAUUGCCUGUGGUCCCCGAAUUCUCGACGAAUGCCUCAGAACGGAAACAAGAUAUCCAGCGGCUUACCGCCGAAAUUGUUGAGCGACAAGAGCGCUUCGUGCAUGGAAGGUUAGGCGGAGAAAGAAGCGAGAAGCCUUUGUGGAACUGCGUCAACCGAUAUGCGAAGAGACUUGCAAAUGGGACGAAGGGAUUGACUUUGUUCCUUGCUCAUGCAAACGGGUUUCCCAAGGAGAUAUGGGAAACAACUCUGCGAUAUUUAUUAUCGUCAAACGCAGCCUCACUGAUCGACGAAGUGUGGUCUUGGGAGGCUGUCCAGCAUGGUGAUGCUGCAUUGGUCAACGAGACACAUCUCAGUGGCAUAUAUGAUUGGACAGACAAUGCGCGGGAUAUUGCACAUUUCCUGUUACACUACUUACCAGAAGAUGCCUCGUCGACAGCUCUACCCACCCAUCUAUAUCUUCUGCCGGAGACAAUUAGUGAAUACCGGAAGGCUAAAGGAUUUUCAUCCCGCUCGCUUGUUACUGUUGGGCAUUCGAUACUAGCGGCUGUCAAUUUCCCUGCGCUAUUCUCCUCGAUGGUUCUCGUGGAUCCAGUAGUGGUCCAAAAUGAAAGCUAUCCCGACAAUUACCUGCCGAUGAUGUCGGUCGGCGCCCUUGCCAGACGCGACUGCUGGCCGUCGCGUGAGCAUGCAUUACGUUCAUUCAAGGCGUCCCCAUUCUUCGGAGCUUGGCAUGCUGAUACCCUACAAUCAUAUGUUACCUAUGGCCUGUGCGAUGACUCCCAAGGGGGCGUGAAGCUGAAGAUGUCAGGUCUACACGAGGCUUUGGUGUUUGCAGAUCAUAUGGGAUCGCACGAAGCAUGGGAGCUACUGGAAAGGGUAGAUGAGCAAAUAGAACUACGCUGGGUCGUUCCAGGAAAGCCCAAAGACAAAGGGAUUAUGGGCGAACAAGCCACGAGGGUCCGAGUGUGGAGAAGGCCUGCUAAUUCAUCUAAUGUAGUGAUCCACUCGGCUGGGCAUCUGAUUCCACAAGAAUCGCCAGAGGAGCUUUCUCAAGAUAUAUCAGCUUUCCUGGAAAGAAAGUAC